CCCUUUUUUAUGUGAUCGACUCCGAUUUGGUUUUUAUUCCAAGCGAAGCAAAGAUCCUUUUUGUGUGUGUGAAGAAAAUGCAAGAUUCUUCCAGACCCGUUACAGGUUACCCAGUUCAGAACCUUAAUGACUACGCUCCUACGCCACCCACCACCGGCUACUCCUACGCUCGCGUUAACCCCAAUGGACAUCCUUACUAUUCAACACCGCCGCCUCAAAACCCACACCCAACUUUCCUCCGUCGCCUGCUUGUGGCAGUUGCCGUCUUUUUAAUCAUAUUCGGCGCCAUCCUCUUCAUAAUCUGGCUCGUACUCCGUCCCCAGCUCCCCGAUUUCUCUAUACAAUCCCUAUCCCUUUCCAAUUUCAGCGCUGCGAACCAGCGCGUCAACGCCACGUGGAACGCGCAGAUCCAGGUCUCGAAUCCCAACAAGAAGCUUUCCGUGUCUUAUGGAGAAGUCGUUUCGUCGAUUUUCCACAAGGACUACUUCUUGAGUGAGACGAGGAUCGGGCCGUUUGUGCAGGGUACGCGCAGCGCGGGCGCGGUGGGGGCGAGCUAUUCGUUGGUGGAUUCUUUCGUUGACGGGAAGGUGGUGGAUGCGAUGAACGAGGAGAGGAGUGGUGGCGAGAUGAAGUUCAACUUGAAAGUGAUAGCUGAUGUGGCGUUCCAAUACGGUGGGUGGAGGGGUCGACGGAGGUUUCUUACGGUUUGGUGCGACGACGUUGCGGUUACAGCUUCGUCGGGGAAGAUGACCGGUGGCCCCAAAAAGUGCAGCGUUUACUGAGAAUCUGAGAUUAACGUAAGUUCAAAUUUCUGUUAAUUUUUUUAGCAUUAAAUUAUUAA